ACCAUGCGUUUUUAAUGAAACGAUAACAAAUGAUAAACAAAUCUGAACCAGGACCCUGAAGCUGUCAGCAAGGCAUCUGAAAUUGUUACCGUAAAGUGGGCCUUGAGGAGAAAAGUCAACACUCUACCAUGUGUUGUGUUCUUGGGACGUUGUGACUUUGUGACCCGACAGAUAGAAGUGUCUGUUUUUUUGCAAGCACUGUUCUGAAGGUUCAUUGAUUCCAAAGCAAAAAACUAUCUGACCAUGGAAGAAUCAACUCUUCUGUUCAGGCAUUUGCCUAGUGAGUUGUCUCAAGAGGAAAGGAAAGAUUUACUUCAUCAUAUUGGGGCAACUCAAGUUCGACUUAUGGGGAGGAGUGGACCAAUGAAACACACAGCUUUUGCCGUUUUCUCUAGUAAAGAAAGAGCUGCAGAGGUUGUUGACCAGCUUCAUCAAGCUGAAUUCUUAGGGUCUACACUAGUGGUUGAGUAUGCUCAGAAAAAAACUGAAAGCAUUCCAUUUGUGGUGGAUGGUGAAGGCCUUCCAGCCAAAGUUACUGAGGAGGAAGAAAAAGACAAUGUGGAAGAAUUAUCAGAAGCAGAGAAGAAGAAAAGAGUGCCUAGGGAAAUCAAAUUUGACACCACCUUUUCUACAUGGGGACUCAAAUACCCAAGACGACCAGAGUUGAGAUACCAGUACCCUCCCCCGACUCCGUCAAUUCUCACAAAUAUCAUGCACGCUCUGGCUGCAGUUCCAAAGUUUUAUGUACAGGUUCUACAUCUGAUGAACAAGAUGGAUUUGCCAGCUCCUUUUGGAAUGGUUACCCCCAAGCCACCGAUUGUUCCAGAUGUGUAUAUGGCUUCUGUUCCUGAUGACAUUUCUCAACGUGAGAUGGACAUUUCCAGUUCUUCUGAAUCGGAACUGGAUAGUGGCAGUGGAGGAGAAAGAAAUAAAGUCAAAGAAGUGACAGAAAGACGAUCUCUGGUAAAGAAAAGACGACCCCACAAGAAACCUCGGUUGUCGGACCUCCAAGAUGUGGACACGUACUCUGUGCCUUCUGCUCCUGUCCUGCCCGUCACUGAAGUAUUUGAGAAAACAAGCGAUUCUGCACCAUCUCGGAAAAUUGAAAUGAAGAUCUCUGGAACCCUGAUGCCUCCAGCCUCCCAGCCCGAUGUUCGUAGACUGUCAUCAUUACCUCAGACGGUCUUUUCUUCUUCGACUUUGUAUGAUCCCUCUGUUCCCACAGUUCCUUGUCCUCCAUUGCCUUUUGGAGCACCUCAGCUCUCAAUGUCUCAGCCAAGCGACCAGCUGCAUCUACCACCACAACCUCUUCCCUCACAACAGCCCAGCUCUCCUGUGUCUCAGCGGACAUUAGAGGAACAAGUUGCUCCCCCUUCAGAAGGGCCCCGCUUGCACAGUGAGGAUGCGCGUCUGCAGAGAGAAGGGAAUGUUUCAGACUUCAGAGUUUCAGAAGAUGGUCAGAUCCAGGAACCAGUUGUGGGAGGAUUUGGAAUCUUACAGCCACAGCCUAAGGAGACCAAGAAUGAGGAGGAAGAUGAAUCCUCAGAGCAAAAGUGGAGCAGGACAAGAUUUAUCUCUUCCUCUGAGCUGAAAAAGUCAAGAUUGUCCGAGUCUGAGAUGAAGGAACUGAGUGUGUUCAGACGCUAUGCAGCAGGAGAACCAUCUUGCCGUUUGUACAUCAAGAACUUGGCCAAGCAAGUGUCAGAAGAGGACCUCCAUCGGAUUUUUGGCCGCCACGUCGACUGGGACUCUGAGACCGAAGUGAACAUAUUUGACAUCCGGCUGAUGAAGGAGGGUAGGAUGAAGGGUCAGGCAUUCAUCACUUUUCCCAAUGAAGAUGCAGCAAAGAGUGCGCUCAAGGAGACAAAUGCCUUUGUAUUAAAGGACAGACCUAUGGUGGUGCAAUUCGCACGUUCUGCCAAAGCAGAAGAGGACAAAGCCUCCAGAUUGUAGCGCCGGCUCUCUGGAUCAGGACAGAAUGUUUCUUCACUUCAGACUUCAGUGCUCACAUUCAGCCUUUGACAUCCCUGCCAACUGCUUGGAACUUGUACCCCUCACCAGCUUGCUCACUGACAGGAUGGAGAGUUUUGUUGACUUGUGACAGAAACACAUGAAGGUUUGGAUUUUGAUUUGGAAGAAUUACUCUUAACAUUUCAAUAAUAAAAUUGACAUGUUGUUUUAAUGAA